AUGGCCACUAUCAACGAUUUGUCCUUUAAUCCAGACUACUCUUCUAUUUCUGUUUCGACUUCUGAUGGGUUCAAGAUCUUCAAUUGUGAACCGUUUGGCGAGUUCUACUCGUCACAAGAGAGUCCUCUCCGCAAAUCGAUAUCCAACUCCUUGGAAGAUUCCACUGGCAGCUACAAUCAAAUACAUUCAAAAAACGACUUUCAGGAUACACCAGCAAAACUCCCGACUGCAUUUUUGAAGAUGUUAUUUUCUACAUCCUUAACAAUAGUGGUUCCACAAUCAGAGGAUAAUCUUGGCAGUCGAUUGUUAAAGAUUUAUAACCUUAAACAAAACUUGAAGAUUUGCGAGUUGAACUUUCCAUCCAGUAUAAUUGAUAUCAAAUUAAACAGAAAGAGGUUAUUGGUUGUAUUAGAUACUGGCCAAUUAUACAUUUACGAUUUGAGCUGUGUUCGAUUGUUGAAAAUAUUACAGCUACUGUUUAAUGAACACAAUAGCAACCAGAAAUUUAUCGGUGAUCUUGGUGCUGAUGACAACAGUUGGCUAAUAAUUCCAGUGAUAUCUACCAGCAAUCAAACUGACUUGCUCAAUGCUGAAACGGGGAGCCAACCAUCUACACCAAAGCUAACACCAAGUGAUUCGGUAAUCAACACAGGAUCGUAUUCCCAGUUCAUCGAAUUUACAAGAAACAGUUCAUUAAGCAGUCUAAAGAAGAAGAAUAAGCUUAUAACGUUGGACGAUAUCAAAAAGGAUAGUGAAGGGUGGGUAAUUGUUUAUGAUACCAUUAAUUUAGCUCCGGUGGUUAUAUUUGAAGCCCACCAUUCUGCAAUUGCUAGAAUAUGCAUUUCGCACAGGGAUAAUAAAAUAGCAACUGCAUCAGUUAAGGGUACCAUUAUUCGGGUUUUUGAUUUGAAAGAAUUUGAAGGUAAAGUCAAGGUACAUCAAGUUAAAAAUUUGCGUAGGGGACAUAAUUUAGUGAAGGUGAACUCCCUAAGCUUUCACAGUGACAAUCAUAUUUUGGGAUGUGGGUCAGAAUCCAAUACCAUCCAUUUGUUUAAGAUUCAUGACGAGGAAUCAGAACUCUGUGCAAAUGAGAAUAACGAGGAUAGAACUAACCAUAACAGUGACUACGAGGAUAGCGAUGGAGACACAAGCAAAUCUUCAGAGGAUCUCAAUGAGAACUUGGCGAAUUUAUUGAUAUCAAAACCUUUGGACCCCAUUUCUAUGGAAGCAGAUGAUAAACUUUCUAAUUCGUGGUUUGACAAAACGAAAAAACUUAUCAGCAACCAAUACACUAAUUCCAUUAUAAAAAAACUACCAUACAAAGGCUAUUUGGAGAAUUUGAUUUGGCAGCCGCCACGAAGGUCGUUUGCUUACAUUAAAUUGCCCGAAUACGCUCCACAUAACGAAAAGGACCCCAGAUCCAACAAGGUAGAAAUCGGGUUUAAUAACGACUUGGUCUUUAUUGCUUCAUAUCACACUGGCAAUUUUUAUCAAUACCAGAUUCCAAAGCAGAGGGGAUCUGUGUCAUCAAUAAGCGAAGACGACAAAAGAGAAGAGUGUCUGUUGAUAAGUCAGUUUAAUUUGAUCUGA